ACCACCUUCACUCAGCUCGAGUCCAUCCAUGCUUGCGCUUGGUACGGACAUACGUGUGUCUGCUCCCAGCCUGAGCGCAAGCUAUAGUGGAAAAUUGAUGACUUGUCUACUCAAUGUGUGCCCAAAUAUGACUUCGCCGUCCGCAUGCCAGUCCUCGGCUUCUUGAGUACUCGCCAUACCCGACUGGGCCUGACUUUAACCCUCAGAGUGCUGUGGAGGGAAGCCGUUCAAAUGCAAGUCAAUCAUAAAACAAAAUGGUGUACCACCCACUCGACGAACGUCGUCAAGAAAUCCGACUUCUCAUAGUCAAAGCCGGCUCAGGAAGCGACCCGCUACAAUGCGAACUGCAGCACCGUUUCCUGGAAGCAGAGCAAGAAGCCCCCAGCUACGAGACCAUCUCCUACUGCUGGGGCGAUGCGAGCAGCAGAGCCGAGAUCUUCCUCGACGGCGUGGCGACCAUGGUCCCGGUGAAUGCGAAACUUGCCGUUCUCCGCAUGCGGCGACCAAACUGCGAUCGCACUCUCUGGAUCGAUUCGAUCUGCAUUAAUCAGGAAGAUCAGGUCGAGCGGGCGCAGCAGAUCAAGCUCAUGGCACGAAUUUACUCGUGUGGGCGGCAGAAUAUUGUCUGGUUGGGUCCGGAGACUGAGACUACUGCUCGAGCUAUGGAGACGAUGAAGGCGAUUGUAGACAAUGCCAGGGAAGAGACGGAUGGCUUCGAAGCCUUCCACUCCGAGCUCUACGACGACCAUGGCUCGUUCAAGCAUGCCAUCUCUCCAAAAACGUGGAACGACGAUGCUUUGGAUCUCCCGGCGCUUCUCGACAUCUACCGUCGUCCGUGGUUUGAGCGCUUAUGGGUUGUCCAGGAAGUCGCCUUGUCAAGGCGGAACACUUGUCUCUGCGGGCCUCACGAGAUCCCUUUCGAAGACGUCCUCAGGAGCGCAAGCUGGGCAUAUCACAAGCUUGACUUUCUCUCAGACAACAUCUUCGACGACUUCGACCCUUCGCUCCUCCUCCGCAUACUCUUGGUGAUGGAUCGAUCUUCCGGAUCACUUUCGAGCACUGCCGAGCACGCCUUCGACCUCCACCAAACAGUCGCCACUCUCCGUGGCUUUCAAACGGAAGAUCCCCGCGACCACGUCUUCGGGCUCCUAGGCCUCUUCCGCAUUUCUGACCCAGCUAUCACGAAGCUGCUGGAUCCGCAGCAAGACAAGUCCCUUGAUCAUGUCUUGCGCGAUGCCACGCGAGCUAUGAUUCAGCAAUCGGGGAGAUUAGAUUGCUUUCGAUCCCUUGGAGGUGUGCACGCGGAGCUUCAAGAUGUCGAGUUGCCUUCGUGGGCGCCUGCGUGGCAUGGAAGCGUGGACAGGACUACUGAUGCUGACGAGUUCUCGCUUAUAUGUUCUGCGGAUGGAUCUGCGGAGGGCUGCCAAGUUCAAGAUACCAGUCACUGGAAACACUGGGAUGAUCCAGAUGUUCUCAAGGUGAAUGGAUUCGUGGUUGGCGAGGUCGCUACCAUCUCCGAUGUGUUUGACGAUGCGUUCUGGGACUUCUCCGAGAAAACCAUCCAUCUGAUUGAAGAAAUUCAAGAUCUCUACGAUAAUACUAAUGAUGCAGCUGAUGAGGACGCCGAUGUGCGACUCGGUAGAACCCUCCUCGCCGGAAUCAACUGCUACCUCGACGCCCCAACCGACGACGAAGCGCGUGACGUCCGGAAAUGGUUCAACUUCGUAAAAGCCAACCACACCAUCCCCGCAGACUUGCAACGCUACAAUCGAGACCGAGGCCGAGAGAAUGGAGCCGAAGACAGUGUUGCAUUGAGAGUUACACGGAUCCAAGAGGCGUUCCACUGCGCGGCGCGCAAUCGGCGAUUCUUUACUACCGAUACGGGAUUGGUUGGUCUUGGACCGCGGAGCAUGCGGCCGGAUGGUAUUGUUGCUGUUGUGUAUGGCUCGGCGCUGCCGGUUAUGCUGCGCCGUGUCAAUGAAUACUACAAUUUGGUCGGCGUGUGCUACGUGGAUGGUAUCAUGUAUGGUGAAGCUGUGAAAAGGCACCGAGCUGAUGGGAAAGAGGACGUUUGGUUUGAGAUCCACUGAGCAAGUGUGAGACU